UGGAAUAUUCAAGCCAGAGUUUCCUCCUAACGAACCCAGCGCCGGCCAUCCUUCCUCCGCUGCCCCGCUCAGCCACACACCACCACGUCCUCAUCUGCACAUCCAGCACAACAUCAACAUUGACAGCAAGAAGAGAAGCACGCCAGAGAGAGAGAGAGAGAGAGAGAUGGGGGAGGACUAGCGAGGAACAGAAUAUGGAAAUCGUGUAGUGUAGUUUGUUGUUGAUACCGUCACCGUUUCCGUCAUUGCCAUUCCUCUGCAGUACAUGACACCUGAAACGGAGAGAAAAAGUAUGCAUCAGUGGUGUAGUGGUGUGCUGAACUAGCAUUGAAACACACACACACACACACAUGACGUGGAAAGAAUUAAGAGGUAUCACAGUGAAGAUCGAACGCACAUCCUCGAUUCUAAUCUGUUACUUAAUCAAGUAACCACGCACACCUUCCACGCACAAUCAAGGAACGACCACCCGUUCAAGUUUCUCAAUACGUGCUACAAUUUUCUAUCCAAUAAAGUUCCUCAUGGUGUGGACUUAAUAACAUGUAACAAUGCUUCAUAUUGAGAAGACAUCAAUAACAUUAGGGACAUCGUGAAGUAACACUGGUGAUGAGGUGUGAAGGAAAAAUGGCUCGCAUCCACUGUAAGAUCACGCCUCUGUCUGUGUACUUGGUGGUGCUGGCCACGUACAGCACCCUCAUGAUGCUGGCCUGUCUGGAGAACGAACAGCUGGAGCGCAUGGCCAAGGAACAUGAACAAGAGACUGCAGCGCCCCUAGAGGAAGACAUGACCAUCGUGAGAGACAGGAGGUCACAGCAUGGAAGGUGGCUGAGGAGCGUGGAUGACUUCUUCAGGCGCAUGGGGACCCUGGAGACCACCUGCUCCAAGAUGGUCUCCCUCGGCGGCACCUACUGCAGGAGAGCUCUGGAUAACAACAAGGUGGUGUGUCUGGACGAGGACGUGACACUAAAAUCCAACAACUGCACCGUCUACUCCUUCGGGAUUGGCGCUGACACAACUUUCGACGACCAGAUGAACUACUACGGGUGUGACGUGUUCAUGUUUGACCCCACUGUGAACCCAGAGGCAAUAGUUUCCACCAACCUCGAGCACGAACGCUUCCACCUCCUCGGCCUCGACAUCUACCGCUACAAUCGCACGCAUUUGAACGUAUAUCCAGACGGGAUAAACGAAAACAUAACGGGAGAGUUCGACACUUACGACAACAUUCGGCGUCGCUUGGGGCACGAGUCUCGCCCCGUGCACUACCUCAAGAUGGACAUAGAGAAUUCUGAGUGGCGUGUUCUCCCUGACUUGGCCAAGGGCGGGAAGCUGGAGGGCGUACGUCAGCUGGCCAUUGAGAUUCACACCAUGGACAUCAUCAGAGCGCCCACACACCAGGUACUGCCCCUCCUUCGUCAUUACUGGCAGGUUCUGGAACACCUCACUCGAUUGGGCUUCCUCCGUGCCUGGUACCGCCCCAACCUGGUAGUGGAGACCAUGUACCACGUGCCAGGGGAGAACAGAUCCAUUGCCACGUGUUUUGAAGUUCUCUACCUCCGUCGUGGUCCCGUCUAUUAAUGAAACAAUAGUUGUGUUUAGUGAAUCGUCGCCUCUUCCUCCUCAGGUUUAGUGAUUUUUAGUUCUUGUUCAGUGAGGUUAGGUUAGCUUAGGUUUGGUCUGGUUAGUUGCUGGUUCAAUAGUCUUGUUGUUAAUGUUAUUGCUGCUGCUAUCACUACUACCACCUCUAUUACUACUACUACUACUACUACCACCAUUAUUACUACUACUACUACUACUACUACUACUACUACUA